UCCUGGACCCUGACAACCCUGUGACUUAUAUCAUAACCUCUCGAUCGAGAAAAUCACGGUACCCUCGGCGCGAUUAUGCGAUGAAUUUACGUUGAUUUGGCUGUAAAUGCGAACACAAUUGAACGAUGCCUCGUAGUUCGAGCAUUGUUAUUUAAUUAUUCGUCAAGAAUGCUGCACAACACGGCGAGCCCGUCGCCCCAGGACAUCUUGGCCGAGGUUAGAAAAUUCAUCUCCGGUGCCGUCCGUUCCUCGCACAGCACGAACACGCAAGAUGUCACGCGCACGGCGUUGUCCUUGCUGAGAAACGUACCCGCGGCGAGGGAAGCCGUGCUCGAGUACUUUUGCAAUGUAUUCUUCGUCGCCGUGACGAAGUACGUUCGUCAGAUCGAGACAAAUCAGAACGCACCGAUACACGAGGAGAGUAUCAUAGCGGAGAUUCAUGCCGUCCUGAGCAGCUUCGUCAAUGGAAAUCCAGAAGCGUGGGCGCCCAUCAUAUCCGCGUGGUCUUUGGACCUGCUCGGCAAGCUGUCGUCCGACUACGCGAAGCGCGGCAAUUUGCCCGUCAACGCGGGCAUCAACGAUUUUCUGCAGCAGUGGAUGUCGUGCCGCGCGACGAGGACUCUGAUCGACAUCACGGCGCAAUGCCUGCAGUGCCUUAUGCACUCCGACACGGAAUCCUGUAUCAAGGCGUUGUUGGACACCAGCGUGAUGCACAGUCCGUACUUCGAUUGGGUGGUCGCUCACGUGGGGAGCUGCUUUCCGAACACUGUGAUCACUCGGGUGCUGUCGUGCGGACUGAAGGACUUCUGCGCCAUGGGCUACGAGCAUAACGUUAAGAAUCCGAAGUUAAAUUCCGUUGUAGGUAUACUGGGACAUUUGGCGGGUAGUCACUUUCAAGAUAUUAGAAAGGCGCUGCUAGACCUAUUCGAGUGGAGUCUGGAGGAAGACGUGAGUCUUGAUGAAGACACCAAGAAGCAGAAACUGGCGACAGUACCGUUUCUUCUGAAUCUGGCCUCGCUCUCGCAGACUCUGUUGAAAGCAAUAACCAGCGAUGUAUUACAAAUAUUGAGACCGGACAUCAUACCGCGACUGGCGUUGUUCGCGGCGGACUGGUGUAGGUACUUCGACAAUCAGCCAGCGGCGUUGAUGGACCUGAUGGUACACCUGAUGUUGGGAUGCGAGCAAGGCGCGUCGCAGAUAAUCAACAUACUGCUGGACACGAGUCUGAGCACGAGCAACGUCGGCUAUCACAGCGUCAACGCGGCGCAGAACGUGAAGAACGUCUGUCGGGAGAUACUGGAAUUGAUUCUGCAAGAGAUCGACCUCCUGUUGAGAACGCACGGACCGCACUCCGCUAACAUCCUUCUGCUGAGCUCCAUCAAGCAGGAGAUAACGUUGAUAGUGCCGAUGCUGCUGAAUCCCAAUCCGCUGCGUGUGCAAACGGCCGUCAGGCUGUUGUGCUUUCUCAGAAGUCAGAAUCCGAACAUAGUCGUCUCCACGGCGUCCUACAUGCUGAUGAAGGCGCAAACGAUGUUCCAUCUCGCGGCCCUGAUACGUCUCAUCACUAACAACGUCGUGCAGUUUCCCACGAGUAAAUCCGGAACCGAAAAUAUGCUCGCUGGCAUCGAUUACUUUACGCAGGUCUUGGAGCAAGCGAUUAGAGAAAUCCACUACAAAAGUGUCAUAGAUAAGGAGGGAUCGAGACAGUUAUUCAAGAAUCUCAUUAUAAUGUUGAAAUGGGAAAAAUCAAAUAAGGUGGAAAUAUUGCAGUCACAGAUGAUUAGCAGAGCCCUCCAAGCUAAUUUAUAUCAAAUAUCUUGUUUACUGAUGAGAAGUGAUGACUUCGAUUUGGCAAAUGACAUCGUUACUCUGUUGGACCUGUUGAGCACUCCUGAAAAAGAUCAAGUCCUCGAUAUGGAGCUUAUGCUGAAAUUAACGAGGGCGAUCAUACAAUAUUUCUUUUCGUGCAUUGCUCAAACUGAUGUUAUAAAAAGGGAACGAGGAGUAAAAAUGGUGUGUCACUUAUUGAAGGAUUUAACGUGUUAUUCCACGUCCGCACGCGUAUUGGCGCUCAGGGAGAUUCUAGGAAACAGUAUCAAUAGCGAGCAGGCCAAGUAUUUUGGCGCAAAGGAGAAAUUCGAGCCUCGUUUUGAAGAGAUGCUAUUAUUACAUCAGAAUCACAAACAGGUGACGAGUACCAUGUUAGCGCAGCGACAUUCGUCCGUAUUUCAUGCUGGUGUAAUAGGACAGGGUCCGCGAAGACUUCCGCCGGAAAAUUCGAUCGAUAAAGAAGUCGUUGCUUUAAACAAAAUGUUGUUAAUAGAUGUUAUAAAGGCCUGUUGCAGCAACCAGGAAUUAGAUCGAUAUCCAAUUAACUUGGAUGCUCUGACAAUGGUUAGCUUGUUGUUAGUUGAAUUGGUAUCGCCUGACGUUAUGUACAACGGUCUACCGUGGCCUGAUGAGGAGUUUACAAAGGUCACGAUAGAAAGAGAUUUACAAAUCCGUCGCAAGUUUAAGGACGUUCCUCUGUUGUGGACGUUAUUAGAACUGACCGCCUGGUACAGGCCGGCGUUAGCGUAUUGCUCAGUUUUGCUGAGAGGCAUUACCGCGACUGUCAUGGCCAAUUGGAACACGGAGGAAGGUGUUUCGCUUGUCAAUAUAAUGGCACUCGGUCAAUUAUUACCACCGCCGCUGGCGAGUAUCAGGGACAUCCUACCUGUUUUACAGCCUCACCAGAUAAACACAAUAAUGAGAGAGUGCUUGUGGGCGUACAUGCGCGAAAACGUGCCGUCUCCAGCGCUAUUUACGCGAAAUGAAGGCACCAACAUAGCCUGGAGGGACAUCGACAUGUCCUCACCCAACGCACGUUUCACGGAUACUCUUCGUUUAGUAUUAUUGGCAAAUAUUCACACUUUAGGAUCUCUAUACGCGACCUUAUUUUACAAUGAAAAUCAGUAAUAUAAAAUGCAAUAUAUUUUUGGAACAAUAUACUUAAAUUAUUUUUAAUUGUACACGUUUUGUAAAUACUAUCAAUCGCGCUUAAUAAUAAUUGAUAAAUUAUAUAUGAAACUGUA